AUGGGCGAGAUGGCCUCGAUGAUUCCGCUCUCUGGAGGGCAGUAUAACUGGGUUGCCAUCUUAUCCCCUCCCUGGUGUUCCAAAUUUCUCAGCUAUUUUACCGGAUGGAUGAGCAUUAUUUCAUGGCAAUCAGCAUUUGCCGGCGCUUCCUUUCUCGGCGGAUCCAUGAUACAGGGUCUGGCGAGACUUAACUACAGUAACUACGAACCUGAAAGAUGGCACGCAACACUGAUUUUUUACGCCAUCGUCGUCCUGAGCCUCAUCAUUAAUACCAUUGUUGCAAGGCUUCUUCCGAAAAUCGAAUCUGUAGUAUUGAUCCUCCACAUUUUGGGAUUCUUUUGUGUUCUCAUACCGAUGGUAUACCUAGGACCUCACGUCUCAGCCAAAGAGGUCUUUGCCAACUUCACGAAUGCUGCAGGCUGGAGUGAUCCUGGAUUAUCCUUCUUUAUUGGUCUUUCUACCGGCAUGUUUGCUUUUAUUGGAUGUGAUGCAGCGAGUCAUAUGGCUGAAGAGAUUGAGAAUGCAUCUACCAUAGUACCAACGAGUAUGCUGGCUUCAGUAAUUCUCAACGGUUCCCUUGGUUUUGCCAUGGUUAUAGCGACACUCUUCUGCUUACGUGAUGCGGAGGCUGCAUUGCACCACCCAACAGGGUUUCCCUUCAUCGAGAUCUUCCUGGAUGCUACAAAUUCACGCGCUGGAACAACCGCCAUGGCCUCAAUUGUAGUUAUGGCAAUGAUUUUUGCUACUAUUGGCUGUCACACUACCGCUUCCCGAAUGGCCUGGGCCUUUGCGCGGGAGAGAGGUCUUCCAGGAUCUGGGUUCCUCGCAAAGGUCGAAUCCCGCUCUGCCCUCCCUCUAUAUGCCAUUGGUCUGUCAACCAUCGUCAGUCUCGUCCUGGCCCUUAUCAAUAUUGGAUCCUCGACGACAUUUCACGCGUUAAUCUCUCUCACCAUCGCAGCUUUCUAUUCCACCUUUCUACUUUCUGCGGGUAUUUUGCUGCAUAAACGCCUGACCACCCCUUAUGGCCACAUACAUUACGGCCCUUUUCGGCUUGGACGUUUGGGCGUUCCCAUAAUCAUCCUCUCCAUCUUGUACAGCGUCAUUGGGUUUUUCUUUUCCUUUUGGCCACCAUCGCCGAGGCCGACGGCUGUGACAAUGAACUGGUCAGUAGCUGUAUUUGGUGGCACUACGAUUUUCAGUCUGGUAUUCUGGCUUAUAUAUGGUCGCAAAGUUUACACCGGCCCCUUGAUAGAAAUUGAGCUUAGAUAG